AGCUGAAUCUUUACGCCGUGACGACGUUCCGCUGGGGGAAUGCAGUACGGUAGAACCGCGCGUUAGAUGUUGUUUUUUCUCCCUCUCAUGUGCUGACAUUUCUCGGACAGUCAUUUAUCAUCUGUGUGCUCAUCAUCCGGGAACAUCCGGCGAAACUAACCAAAAGGAUUUUACAAUUAACAGUGCCAACCACAAAUCGGGUUAAGGAUUUGGGAUCCAGCGGUCGCAUCGAACUGGAUUUCGGGUUUUGAUAUCGUGUGAACAAGUGAUACCAUUCACAGCAGGAGAGAAGGACCUCCUCAAAGCUGGCUGCCAAGUGAAACCGUUUAUCCUGCAGUGAAAAGAGAGGCAGACGGACAGGCAGUCAGUCAGUCAGUGGUUCGGAAAAGUCACUGCGAAAACACACAAAUACCAUCACAGUGGGGGAAAAUCUGAAAAACACUGUCGUUUUUCGUGAAAAUUGUUUUGAAGUGCACGGCACCGCAGUGAUGUUUUGAGGGGCGACAAACGAUGGAUGGUGGAUGCUGUGAUAAUGAUGCACUAAGAAUCGCUUAAACGAAACCAAUCAAGUGUUAUCUGAAGGGAAAAUUUCCCUGUUUUUCUCACCCAAAGCGGUGGGUGUGUUUGUGAGAAUUCUCCUUGGAUGCUGUGUGUAGAGAUAUGCGGAAAAGUGUGUAGCGGAGAAUUCGCGAUAAUUUUGCUCGAAACACCAACACUCUGUCGGAGUUCCUGCAGGGAUGUGGGCAUCCGUGGUGUAGCGUGCGGACGGAGGUGAAUGCUUUUGACAUCUGGAAUAGUUCUGUGUUAAGGGCGAGUUGCUCGCGUCCGCAGAAUAGUGCACAAUCCGUCUUUCCUCCUCCCGGAAGUGUACGGCUAAUCGCAAUAGUUAAACAAGUGUAAAGCCAUUACCCGAAUGAGGCUAAUAGUGAAACUGUGAAAAAUGAGGGUGGAUUUAGUGAAAAGCCUCUCAGCUGUCGUCGUUAUCGGAUGCUGAUAGAAGAUUUAUGAUCUUCGCUCGUCAGACGGUGGCGGUGAAAUAGGGAAGAAACGAGCAGUCGGGUACUCUGAUGGUGACACCUUCAGCUGGAGUCUGUGUCCAGCAAGAUGCGCUAGAGUGACGAAGUGAAGGAACGAGCCGAAAAAAGGGGAGGAAUUCGUUAUCGGUGCAGUGAAACACAGAAUACAGUAACAACACGGGCAGAGAAUAACGCUGAAGUUCGUGUUCUCGUGGAAAGUGUGUAUAGUGGGGUUGUGUAUCGAAAAAGAAAAGAAGCAAAAAAAAAAUCAACGCGAUGGCGAUGAAAAAGGAUAUCUAGAGAAAAUCAGCUGGGCGGAAACUGUCUCCGGUGGAAAUUGUGGCUUUCGAGAUAGUUUCACCUUUUUUGUUUGUUAUUUCGUUCGUUAUCGGUUCUCAUCUGUGUCAUCUGAUGAGCUUUCAUUUUUCGGUGUGAAUUUUUCCAUUCCGAUCGGUGUGAAAAGUUGUGACCCCGGUAGUGUUUAGCUACGUGUCAGUUUUGCUCUCUGUCUCUAUGUGUCCCAGUCGAUGUUUCGGAUUAUUGCAAAGUUUUGAAGCUACUACUGCACAGUAAUUUCUUCUUGGUUUGUUUUUAUAUCAACUAGGAAUACCAAAAUGUCUCAUCGGAGGUUGCAGAUCGGAGCCAUUCUCACAUUUCUAACAGCCUUUCCCGCUUUACUGGUCGGCGCUCAGCAGCAAAAGUUUCGUGUGAUGCCACGAGACCUCCAGGUGCUGGAAGGCUCAGAGGCACUGCUGCGAUGCGAAAUCUACAACCUGGCCGGGGCGGUCCAGUGGACCAAGGAUGGUUUUGCUCUAGGGUUUUCCCAGACGAUUCCGGGCUACCCGCGCUACUCAGUGCUCGGUGACCGGGCUCAGGGUGUCUACAACCUGCGCAUAUCGAACGCUUCCCUGGAGGACGACGCCGAGUACCAGUGCCAAGUGGGGCCGGCAAAGUUUAACUCGGCGAUUCGGGCCAACGCCAAGCUGAUAGUAAUAUCACCCCCAUCAUCGAUCGAAAUUCAAGGCUACAGCCACAACAGCAAGGUGGAGGUGCGUGAAGGUCAGGACCUGACGCUGACCUGCGUCGUUGCCAACUCGAAACCGGUAGCGCAGAUCAUCUGGUACCGGGGGAACUCCGAGUUCAAAUCGGAUUCCAUCGAGAACAAGGUGCUGGAAACGGAGGGCAAACGGUACACGGUGACGUCCCAGCUGCGGAUAAAGCCCGGUUCGGACGAUGACUACAUGGAGUAUACCUGCCAGGCCAAGCACAAGGCCCUCAGCCCGGACAAACCGAUGCAGGCAACGGUGCAGCUCUCCGUGCUGUACCCACCGGGAGCGCCGUACAUCGAAGGUUACACCCAGGGCGAGACGCUCAGGCGGGGCCAGAGCGUGGAGCUGAUCUGCCGCAGCCGCGGGGGCAAUCCGCCGGCGCAGUUAAUCUGGUACAAGAACGGCGUCCAGGUUCGGAUGGCGUACCGCACCUCGGAGCGCCUCUCGGAGAACAUCUACUCCUUCAUAGCGGAAGCCGGCGACAACAAGGCCCGGCUGCGGUGCGAAGCGAACAACAUCAUGGCCAACGCCCCGCUCAAGACGGAGGUGACGCUCAGCGUGCUGUUUGCCCCCACGCACGUCACCAUUUCCGGCCCGUCGGAAGCCCGCGUCGGCGAUCGGGUUCCACUGCAGUGCCAAACCGCACCGUCCAAUCCGCCGGCUGAGAUCAAGUGGAGCGUCGGUGGUCAUCAGGUGAAAAAUGCCACAUCGCGAACAACCGAAAGCCCGGAAGGCGGCUGGAUCACGACGUCCAACAUUACGACCCCGGUGGACACCAGCAAGCGCUCGCUGGUGGUCAUCUGCCACGGACUGAACAUGCAACUGACGGAGAAUGUCGUAUCGACCCACACAGUGAACAUAUUGCUCCCGCCGAGUCCGCCGAUGAUAUCCGGCUACGUUGAGGGUCAAAUCAUUCCGGCUGGUUCCGUGCAGAAGCUGCUGUGUGUUUCCUCCGGCGGUAAUCCGCUGGCAACGCUCAACUGGUACAAGAACGACAAAAAGAUAAAUUCCGUCACCAAAACCGUCGACAAGUCCGUGUCAGCUGAGCUCACCAUCCUGGCGAACGUCACUGACAAUCAGGCCCGGUAUCGUUGCGAAGCGCAGAACUCGGCAACCGAAAUUCCGCUAUUCGAAACGAAAACCCUUAGCGUACACUUCGCUCCGGAAACGGUGAAGAUAACGAUCGAUCCCCCAGAGCUGAAGCCAGGUAUCGAAGCAACGCUAAUCUGCGACUCAAGCUCCAGUAAUCCUCCGGCGAAAAUUUCCUGGUGGCGCGACGGCAUUGCAGUGCAAGGUAUAAAUAAUGCUUCCAAGCCGGGCUUAUGGGGAGGCACCGUAUCAUCGCUGGAGCUGAAGGUGAACAUCACCCAGGACAUGAACGGGAACGUCUAUACCUGUCAGAGCACGAACGAAGCAUUACAGCGCAGCGUGCACGAGGCAGUCAAUUUGCAAGUACUAUAUCCGCCAAAAUUCACGCCACCACCAUCAUCGACCGCCGUCGGCGUAGAAGGUGAAGCCCUAACGGUCGCCAUGGUGGCCACCGGUAAUCCUAUGUCCAUUGCGUACACAUGGACCAAAGACGGGCUGCCGAUCCUAUCGUCCGGUGUCCAACGGAUCGUCUCCGAGGGACCGAUCCUGAACGUUACCAAACUGACGCGGAACGACGCAGGAAUCUACACGUGCGAAGCCGUCAACUCCCAGGGCUCAGCGAUGAUUAAUAUCACAGUCGUAGUCGAAUAUGGCGCAUCGAUAAAAUCCAUCUCCGAGAACGUGGUAGUAAAUCCCGGCGAGGAUGCAAUGCUUUCAUGCACCGUUGACGGCAAACCACUGAGCGAGGAGCACAUUCGCUGGGAACGAAUUGGUUACGACAUGACGAUAAAAACGUCGACGACGUACGCCAACGGAACCAGCUAUCUGCACAUCAAGGAUGCACGGCGCGAGGAUGUUGGCAAUUUCCGCUGUAUCGCUGAUAAUCGUGUUGCGAAUCCAACCAGCCGUGAUGUUUUAUUGAUUGUGAAAUUCAUCCCGGAGAUUGAUAAAUCCCCGCCAAUGCUCCGUGCUGCCGCCAGUGGCGGUGAACGGGGCCGGUUGCCGUGCCGAGCACAGUCGGCACCUCGACCUAAGUUUUACUGGUCCCGAGCGGGCCAGAACCUGAACGUUAACCAAACCGCCAAGUACUACGUCGAGAACAAACAGAUCGACUCGCUGACGUACGAAUCGAUUCUGCUCAUCGAACGGGUCAGCUCCAGUGACUACGGUCAGUACGAAUGCACCGCCCGGAACGAACUCGGAAGCGUCAAGGAGAACGUCCGGCUGGAUGUGACCUCACCGCCGGACCCGCCCCUUAGUCUGAACAUUCUGAACGUGACCCAUGACACAGUGACGGUUGCCUGGACUCCCGGAUUCGACGGUGGCAUGAAAGCCAACUAUCGGGUGCGCUACCGGGAGGCCAACAACGAUCACUACCGCUACGAGGACAGUCUUCCAAACUCUCACAAACUGACCAUCGCCGGACUGCGAAUGAACACACUGUACCUGUUCUCGGUGAUGGCUUCCAAUGCACUCGGGUCCAGCAAGUACCUGCCCGAUACGACGCGAGCUCAGACGAAAGACACGCCACCGUCGCAGCCGGCGUCAUCCCUCGGCAGUAAGCCCCCGGUUGGGCCACCACCUUCAUCCAUCGGUGCCUCGGGGCUGCUGUUGCUGAUAGGUGUCGCGGCCGGCAUCUGUCUGGUCCUGCUCAACAUUCUGCUCAUCGGAUGCUGCAUCCACCGGCGCACCAGCCACAAGCGAGUGAAAAGGGGACCGGAACCGAUGCCCUCGGAGCUGGCGGAAAAGGCGGAACUUCCGAGUUUCGUUAUUUUCUGCAUCGCCCUGGCCGGCCUCUGUCUGUUGGUAGUCAAUGCCGGCCUGGUCGCGUGGUUUAUCAUUAAGAAACGAGCCAAAGAUUCAUCCAAUCAAAAUAGCAAAUCCGCCACCAUUGAAAUGUAUGCCCCAAGUUCAUACAAUGACACCGUUACAGGCGAAACACUGUCCAGCGUGUCGGAGAAGAGUGACUCCUACUCGAAUGACGGCAGUCAGCCGGACUACAUGGAUGAAACUCGGAAGAAAGCUGCCUCCACUUAUCUGGUGGAAAAUAGCGAUAUGCCGCCGCCACGCUACCAAAAGGACGGCACUCUGCCGCACUAUCCGAACAACAUCAACGCAGCUCACACUCGAACUUUGCCCCAUCCACGGCACAACAACGUUCCGUACGAGCAGCGCAGCCGUGACGAUCAGCUGCUCGGCAAGAGCAACUACGUUACCGCACCGUCCCCAGGACCCCCGAUGGACGGGUCCUACUACAACAUGAACAGCGACCGAUACUUAUCCUAUCCGCCUAUGGACUACCCCCCGAUGGAAUUCUCCACCCCACCACUGCCGGUGAUACCAGCCCUGCCAGCCAACACCAACGGUACCCUGCGGAGGGGCACCCGAGCGAUGGUCCCGCCUCCGGACGUAACCCAUCACACUCAGCACACGGUCAAAUCACUGCACGAUAGUUCCGCCUCAUCCGGAGGGCUGAUGAACAUCUCCCAAGUGUCACAGUCCACACCCAAACAGCCUCAAGGUAUUCUGAAGGAUCCAAACAAACGCAACCAACAGCAGCAACAACAACAGCAGCAGCAACAACAGCAGCAGCAAACCGGUCUGAACCAUCUGAACAGCAUCGGCGGUGGGCUGCAGAUGUUGGGCGUUCAGAACCCUUCACCGGUGCCGAUGGGCCCCGGUCUGGUGGCAGUUAGCGCCAGCGGCUCCCUGGUGCCCGGGGGCAGUAGUUUAGGUAACAAUUUGCUCAUCGGAACGUACGAUCCGAGCAGUACGAAUCUAAGCUCCUUCAACGCGUCGCUCGGCUACACGGACGCCGACGGACACCUAGUGUAGGCAAUUCUUAAGAUAAUAAUAAUUACUAGUUCAGUAGCCUAGGCGCGAAUGUGCAACGCGGCUGUAGGAAGAGCCAGAGGAAGAAGAAAGCUAGGAAACAGCUAUCAGACGGAAUGAGCAAAGUUUAAUGGAUUACGAUUCGAUAAGAACAAGCAACAGACUAAUGGUGAGAGUAGAGAAGGGAAGAAACUUUCCUCCCGUCCCGGGAGGACGGUCGUGAACAGAAACACAAAGAGAAUUAAGACAAAGAUAAUUCUAUUAAAACAAUCUUUUUAACCUUAAAGUAAUUAUAUUAUUAACAAUUAAAUUGUUGAGUUUUAAACAUGAUGUGUGCAUGCUUGUGCGUGUGUUUGGUGAUCUUUUACGCUAAGAGGUGUAGAAACAGUGGAGUAUUUUUUGCGUGGCGGAUCUAGUCCACAGCGCUCAGGCGUCCGAUCUUGAUUGGAGAGUCUCCAGCUAAGGUGUGUGAAUGAACGGGUGAUUGAAACUGAAGUCUGCUCAGUUGCAAGUGAUUCGUUUUUAAGUUUACCCAAGGCAGUUAGAUCUUCAUAUACGUAAGCCAUUUCUGUUGAACAUAUGACGAGUUCUUCGAGGUUGAUCAGGCAGAAAGUUGAUACGACAUGCUGUGGAAUUAACCUCGGAACCCGGAUUAAAUGUGAUUGAAGCAACCUUUUCUGUCCCACUUUGGGACUCACUUGCCCCAGACAGUUGAUUUUAACGUAAGAAACUUCACGAAAGUGGCGAGAACGAGAACGAUGGUCAAACGCAAGGAGCCGAAAUGUAGUUAAAGCAAAUCUAGUUAUCGAUCAAAAAAUAUCUAAAUUAAAGCAGAGAGAAUACGAAGUUCGCAAUUUAAUUCAGAAAUAUAAAAAGAGAGUAAGAGAUUGAAAUUUAUCAAAUUUGAAUUAUAAAAAAAGGUAAAAACAAAAAUCAAAUUAGAACUAAUCAGCAAAAAAAAAAUCAUAACUAAGAGAAAGUAAACAAAACGGUUCGAAAUAAACAGACGUCUAAGCUCAAUUUUCGGUGUUACAAAAGCCAACAAGAAACAGGUGGCAAACCCUGCAGAACCCAGUACAUGUCAUGUCUCUGUCACCAGUCAGCCAACAAAGCCCGAAACAACAAAGAGUGAAACGUAAAACGAUUUUAAGUGUCUAAACGUCGCUGUCUGUUUGUUGGAGAGAAUGCAGAGAAAAACUUUAUAAAACAUAGCAAGAAAAUACACACAAACAAAGUAUAUAUCGUUGUGAUUUAAGUCCACGAGAGGUUGCUGCAGAGGGAGCUAAAAAAAGAGUAAGCAGCGAACAGAGCGACGGCAAAACAAAACUCACAUUAUGCCAAUUAUUAAGUUUAAAACAGGAGUUUAAAUCAAGCAUUUAAGUAAAAUUCUGGGUAAAAUAUGACGAAAAACAAAAUUGAUAAAAAAAAAUUACAUUAAAAACGAAGCUUGUGAAUAAACUCCGCCAAGCAAGAUGGAUUAUGAAAAAAAAAUUAGGAGAAAGCAAAACAGGUGAAAGAAGAGCACCGGCCGGAGGCCGAAUAGCCGAGAGUAAAGUCUUUUAUUUAUAGAUAAAGUUAUUGAAGGUAUGAUAAUUGAUUUUUUAAAUCUUAAAAACAAACGUUAGACAGUAACAGCAAACACUGGAAUGUUGAGUCAACUCGCUCAUAUGAGAGGAUAAGAACUGUAAAUAUCUCUUGUAUUAUAUUAUUGACUCUAUAAAUAUAAUAAAAAUUACUUUCAAAAAGUUUUUUAAGCUGAAACGGAGAGCAAAAUUUAUAUACAUGUAAUGUACUGGAAGGUGGCAGUGCAGGUUUAAUUUAAACUUUCAACCUAAUCCAAACUCAAACGAAGCUGGGUGAAAGCAGAAGGCGGAAAAUUAAAAUGCUAAAAUCAGGGAUAAAUUCAUGGAAUAAUACACUAAAACCUAGCAGUUCGUCAUCAGUAUGAAUUCGCAAGCUUGCAACCAUAAACUGUUCCCCUUUCGAUGAAAAACGCAAAAAAAAAUAUCUAAAAACUUCAGUUGAGUCUCAUAUAUAAGAACUCUCUUUCCCAUAAAAGCAGUGCACUAUGAUUAGCAAAUUUAUUAACUUCUUAGACAAUAAUCAACUAACGAGGGCAGAACUGUGUGGAAAGAUACGAGCAAAUUCCGAGUUCGAUUCCAGUAUUAACGGGGCAACACCACUGAAUACCUGACAGGUUCUGUGCUGGAUUUUCGAGCGAAAUCAUCACGAUUCAAUCUUGAGUUUGGACAAUGCGAAACUGAAUAUACACUCGAAAGAAGAUACCUCAAAUUUGCAGUCGCGCGAAACAGGUCUGAUCCGGAAUCAAAAUGUUUGCAACAGUCAGGCAAUAAUCGUACAAUUAUCAGCAUUUUUUUUUAGUUUUCAGUUUCUUUUUUUUUUUUUUUGUUUUGCCAAUAAGGACGUUAUUGUUUGUAAAUAUACAGCCUACACCAAGUUGCUUUAAGGAAAACUGUACGCAAAUGCAAAAGCCGCUCCAUCAAAUUGUUUGCCAAAGAGAAAACAUUACAUAAUGUUGUCAAUUUUAUGAUUUGUGUGUGGAAGAAAAAACAAGCAGCCGAAUCAAACUCUCUUAGAUAAGUUUAUUUAGAAAUUUACAUUUAGUCAAUACACGAUAAGCGAUACCAACGUAAUUCUUCUGUUUAUUUAAGUUGCUGACACAAACCGAGAGCUUAACCGUACUAAAAUACUCGUAAAGAUAAGUGACCAGUUCGCUAAUUUUAAUUUAAGCAACCCCAUUUAACUUUGCGACACAAAGGGAAAGAAAACGAAACGAAUAAUUUAUUUUUCCUUGAUAUUCUCCAGUUAAAUUUUGUUCAAAAUGAUCUCAUAAUCCACACAAUUACGAGUCCAUAGCUCCUGAGAACACGCCCUACAUACCUUCUCUUUGUUGUUACAUGGAAUAAAAUCCUCAAGUAGCCCCCGAGUGAAAAAAAAACAACUCAAAAACCCUUGUAUUAUAGUAACGGAAACGAAAUACGAACAAAAUCAUCCAAUCCUCUUAGAUAGUCAAAGAAAACAAAAAAAAAUCCAAUAAUCCGCUCAGAGUGAAAACAAAACAAUUUACAAUCAAACAACGGAAACGCUGAGCCAAAUUAGACAAGACGAACAGAGCACUCCCAUCACAUUCAGCUUUAAAUUGUUACGACAACAACAAAAAAAAACGAACGAUAAAAAAUUACUGCAACUGAACCAGUAGCCUCCUAGUUUAGGACAUCUUUGCCGUUUCGUGUGCCGCCGGCUUCGGAAAAGAAAAAAAAACAAAAUCAACCCAGUCGAUUAACGUUUAUUUCAUCCAACGGGCUCACGCAUACUGAUGAAAACAAAAAAAAACGUAAAGAAUUAUCCGCAAAAGAAGGCAACUGAAACCAUUGUACAGAACAGAACCGAGAGAAAAAACAAACGAAAUCAAUUUCUAAACAAAGUAAACACAAAAAAAAACUUGUAAAAUAAAGCAGUUAGGAAGGCUCCGACGAACAGCCGAGAGAUUGAAGAAACAUGGUAACAAAAAAGAAAAUCUGAUAAAAAAAAGAACGAAAAUGCAACUGCUAGCGAAGCAAAGAAUGUCGAAGACGAGGAAGACGAUAAAAAAAAAAACAAAUUUUCUGUCAAAUAUAUACACAUUAAAUAAUUUUUAAUAAAUUUAAUUAUUUUUCAUUACAAAUUA